AUGAUUUGGUUAUUAUCAAGAAGAUUUCUUUGCUCAGCUAAACAGGUUCGAGUGCGAUUUGCACCAAGUCCAACGGGUCACCUACACCUGGGUGGACUAAGAACUGCACUUUACAACUAUCUAUUUGCACGCCAUCACAAGGGCAGUUUUAUUCUACGAAUAGAAGACACAGAUAAGGCAAGAUUAGUCCCAGGGAGUGCUGAGGAGAUUGAACGGGUUCUGACACAUUAUGGAUUAAAUUACGAUGAGGGUCCUAGUAAAGGAGGAGCUUUUGGACCUUAUGUACAAUCAGAACGUUUGUCGUUGUACAAGGAUGCUGUGGAUCAGCUGAUUGAUGCGGGACAUGCUUACCGAUGUUUUUGCUCAGAAGAACGUUUAUCUCUCCUUCGCAAAGACGCAGUUAGAAGAAAUGCUGUACCAAAAUACGACAUGAAAUGUCGUUCCGUUAGCAAAAAUGAGUCCAAAGCCCGUGCUGCUAAUGGUGAACUUUUCGUCGUUCGAUUCAUAUUGGAUAGGCAAGAUGUAAGCUUCGAGGACGAGAUUUUUGGCUCAAUUGAACAGAACAUCGACGAGAGUGAUAUGGUAUUGCUCAAAUCUGAUGGAUUCCCGACUUACCAUUUGGCUAACAUUGUAGAUGAUCGAUUUAUGCAGAUAUCCCAUGUCAUACGUGGUAUGGAGUGGCUAAGCAGUACAGGAAAGCAUGUGUUAUUGUAUAGGGCAUUUGGAUGGCAGAAUCCGAAAUUUCUACAUAUACCCUUGAUUACCCGUGACAGUAAAAAGAAGCUAUCGAAGCGGGACAAGGAUGCGUUUGUAGACUUUUAUGAGCGUGAUUUGGGAGCACUUCCAGAAGCUGUCCUGAAUCUGUUGGCUAGUUCUCAUUUUGCUUCUUUUAUUAUAUAUAACAACACCUUUCCAAUGUGUUUAGAUCCUGGAAUUCGUGAUUUCGAUACAAAUCACUUGUAUUCACUCAAAGAAAUGACAGAAGUGUUUGAUGAAAACGAGAUUGGAAGACGGAAUCUGCAGGUAUCCGAAUUUUCGAGCAGUAUAAGUGGGAUUAACAUUUUCUUUCAGCUUGAUCAAGAGUGUUUGGAAAGGUACGGGAAGAUGUCCAUCCAAGCAGCCGAUAUCGACACAGUCCUGCUUCCAGCACUCAAAAUUCUUAUCAAACGCGAAUUUUCUCUAAGUACAGAACUUGAGGAUGACUACCUUCGAAAGGUUCUCGAGUUUUUGAAACAAAAUGAAGAA